AUGGCGGCGGAUCGACUGAGGAUUAUAAAAGUUCGAUAUAAGAUUAAGACAUUGAUUUUAGAUUAUAUGCCAGACCUGAUUGAUCUCCGGGGAGCUUGUCAAGGAAGCUCGGCACUGCUUAACACUAAUCCCAACAUUGAGCCUAAUCCUAACCCCAGCACUAUCCCAAACAUUAAACCUGAGCUUAACACUAAUCCCAACAUUGAGCCUAAUCCUAACAGUAUCUCAAACAUUAAACCUGAGCUUAACACUAAUCGCAACAUUGAGCCUAACCCUAACAGUAUCUCAAACAUUAAACCUGAGCUUAACACUAAUCCCAACAUUGAGCCUAAUCCUAACAGUAUCUCAAACAUUAAACCUGAGCUUAACACUAAUCCCAACAUUGAGCCUAAUCCUAACAGUAUCCCAAACAUUAAACCUGAGCUUAACACUAAUCCCAACAUUGAGCCUAAUCCUAACCCCAGCACUAUCCCAAACAUUAAACCCGAGCUUAACACUAAUCCCAACAUUGAGCCUAAUCCUAACAGUAUCUCAAACAUUAAACAUGUGCUUAACACUAAUCCCAACAUUGAGCCUAAUCCUAACAGUAUCUCAAACAUUAAACCUGAGCUUAACACUAAUCCCAACAUUGAGCCUAAUCCUAACCCCAGCACUAUCCCAAACAUUAAACCUGAGCUUAACACUAAUCCCAACAUUGAGCCUAAUCCUAACCCCAGCACUAUCCCAAACAUUAAACCUGAGCUUAACACUAAUCCCAACAUUGAGCCUAAUCCUAACCCCAGCACUAUCCCAAACAUUAAACCCGAGCUUAACACUAAUCCCAACAUUGAGCCUAAUCCUAACAGUAUCUCAAACAUUAAACAUGUGCUUAACACUAAUCCCAACAUUGAGCCUAAUCCUAACAGUAUCUCAAACAUUAAACCUGUGCUUAACACUAAUCCCAACAUUGAGCCUAAUCCUAACCCCAGCACUAUCCCAAACAUUAAACCUGAGCUUAACACUAAUCCCAACAUUGAGCCUAAUCCUAACAGUAUCUCAAACAUUAAACCUAAGCUUAACACUAAUCCCAACAUUGAGCCUAAUCCUAACAGUAUCUCAAACAUUAAACAUGUGCUUAACACUAAUCCCAACAUUGAGCCUAAUCCUAACAGUAUCUCAAACAUUAAACCUGUGCUUAACACUAAUCCCAACAUUGAGCCUAAUCCUAACCCCAGCACUAUCCCAAACAUUAAACCUGAGCUUAACACUAAUCCCAACAUUGAGCCUAAUCCUAACAGUAUCUCAAACAUUAAACCUGAGCUUAACACUAAUCCCAACAUUGAGCCUAAUCCUAACAGUAUCUCAAACAUUAAACCUGUGCUUAACACUAAUCCCAACAUUGAGCCUAAUCCUAACCCCAGCACUAUCCCAAACAUUAAACCUGAGCUUAACACUAAUCCCAACAUUGAGCCUAAUCCUAACCCCAGCACUAUCCCAAACAUUAAACCUGAGCUUAACACUAAUCCCAACAUUGAGCCUAAUCCUAACAGUAUCUCAAACAUUAAACCUUAG